CACGUGCGGAAUGGUGGCUUGCAUAUCUUCCUACCACGUCCACUGCCGCGAACCUCGGCUCAUGUCCCAGAAAAACAAGCUACAAUGCCUAAUAUACGGACUCCCUACUUUCUGUUCAUUCACCUCAAUAACUUGUUCGAAGCUCCUACAAGCUCCUUCAAGCUCUCUCAAGCUCCCAGGAAAUAAGCAACCGCCGAUAUGCCACCCCACGAACGCUCAUCAUCUUCAACCGGCACGAUCAAAGCCGAGCCACCACUCGACAAAACCGUAGCUCCCAUCGAGAACACCCUCCACUUGACACCGCUCUUCGAAAUCGGUCCCAACAUCUUCACCAACACUCGCAAGCUAUGGCAGCCAGUCGGAGCCCGCGGCAUCUACGGCGGCAGUGUCAUUUCGCAGUCCCUCCUCGCCGCGCAGCUCACUGUGCCGUCCACCUUUGUCCCGCACAGCAUGCACUGCUACUUCGUCCUCAGCGGAAACCCCCACAUCCCCAUCCUCUACCACGUCGACAUUGUGCGCGAGGGCCGAAGCUUCCACACUCGCACCGUACAAGCGCGGCAGCGCGGCAAAGCGAUCUUCACCAUGACCUGCUCGUUCACCGUUCCGCAGGCGACCAAGAUCGCCGAGAGCGAUAACCCGGAGAAGCGGAUCGUGCGCCACCAGCCGGUGUUUCCGACCGCGGACAUCCGGCUGCCCGAGGAGUGCGAGAGCGAGUCGGAUGUCAUCGCCCGCCUGCUGAAGACCGGCCGCAUCGACGAGGACAUGGCGGCCGAGGGGAUGAAGCGCUUUGAGCGCGACCCGUUCGAGUGGCGCGCUAUCGGCGUCGGCCAGCGGAAUCCAAAGGCGAAGAUCCUCCACCCUGCGAGCACGUCACAUCCUGACCCCUCGCUGCCGCCGGCCGAGAAGGUGAUGCGCCAGUGGGUGCGCUCCAAAGCGCCGAUUUCCGAUCCGCUGUACGUCAACCCGGCACUAGCGUACUUCUCGGACUCGUGGUUCAUCGGCACCGUGGGGAGGGUGAAUUCCGCCGCGAGAAGGGAUCGGGUCGGAAUGAUGGUUAGUCUCGACCAUACCAUCCACUUUCAUGCCGGCGAUAGGACAAAGGUCGAUGAGUGGUUGCUCGUCGAGACGGAGUGUCCGUGGGCUGAUGAGGAGCGCACCCUCGUCAGGAUGCGCGUCUGGAGUGCCGAUGGAACGCUGCUGGCGAGCUGUUUGCAGGAAGGAAUGGUGAGGCUGAAGGAUGGGAGGGAGGGCGAGGGGAUGGAGGACGCCAGUAGCCCUGGGGCCCAUACGCCGAAAGCGAACCUGUAGUUAGAUGCUCGCUCGCUGUAGUUUUGGUUUCCGUUGGUAUGUAGCGGUGCGGUUUUUGUUUUGGAUUUGUGCAAUGAUACCGUGCGAUGUGGGUUAUUUCGAUAAAUUAUAUUUGUAGUUCUCUACGGACGAGCGUCGUUCGAAAAAUGGUACAUAACUUUCCCAGGUGCUAUAGCCACUCCAGCCCGUGACCGCCACAGGCUCUUAUGUAUUCUUCAUAUGUGAUCCUGUAGACUGUAGUUCACAUCGAUGAAACCCCACGUGCCUUUUUCGGGUUUUGG